ACACACCGCAUUUUCCACAGGCCAGGGCAAAUGUGUAAUAAAAUCGAAACAAUGGAACAGCAAACAAAACAACAGAGAAUAUAAUACCGAAUUGAAGUUCAUUUGAAUUCGCGUGUGUCUGUGACAACUGUUUUCCUGUAAAGAUAAUAAGAUAAAUGAAAAUUCCCCCUAUACAAUUGGAAAAUGUAAAAUAAAUAUAUUCCUAUGCUAUAACAAACAAACACAAAAUCAAAAAACUUAAUCAACGCUUAAACAAAACUCCCUAAGUAAAUCUUAAACGCAAGUGAAGUUAAUACUCCUUAGUUGCUAUUGCCCCCACAAAAUGCUGCCAAACCACGCCUGAGCCUCAAUCUCAAUCUCAACCUGAACAAGGGCCAGAACCAGAACACAACUGUGAUCAUAGACAUAACAACGAGAGUGGCCAGAAGCCAGGGAAAACCAGGGGAAACCAGAGCCACAGCCAAGGAUGAGGGAAUCCGGGGACACAGCCAGCAGCCUGCCAGACCGCAACUGAGCGAUUUAUAGAUCCGCAGAUAAUACCGGGCCCGGAAGUCGGAAUCAAUUGCCCCGGCGAUAGCAAUCGGCAGAGGAAAAGAGCGGACAUCGCACACAGGAGCAGGACAUUCGCCAUCGGAGGCUGUAAUGACGACAAUUGACGCGAUGUAGCGCAGACUUAUGGUCGGCGAACGCGACAGGGACCGUGAGGCGGUACGCUGGGCAACGGGUGAAUCAACACCGCUUCAAACCAAUAAUGGAGUAUUACAAAUGGUCGGGCAAUUGCAAGGUGGACAGGCUGCUGGCCAGCAACAGCAACAGCAACAAGCGACUCAGCAACAGCAACACUCGAAGCAGCAGCAGCAGCAGCUGCAACUCAAGCAGCAGCAACAGCAACAGCAGCAACAGCAACAGCAGCAGCAGCAACAGGACAUCCUGUAUCAGCAACAUAACGAGGCAAUUGCAAUUGCACGCGGACUGCAGGCUGCAACACCUGCCGACCUCGGCGAUAAUCAGCCCUACUACGAUACAAGCGGUAAUGUCGAUUGGGAGCGGGCGAUGGGAGCCGGUGGAGCUGGUGCAUAUGGUGGCAUCGGCAUCGGAUCUCUACCAGCAGCUGGCGGUGCUGCUUAUCACCUUGGGCCAGCUAAUCCCGCAGGCCUCGUUUCUCGUCACCUGGAUUACGCUGAUGGCGGCCACCUUGUUGGCCCAUCCGCCGGUCUUCCUCUUGCCGCUGUACCAGGAUCGGGAGCAGUAUCGGCAGCGGUAUCGGGAGCAGGAGCAGGAUCAGGAUCAGGAUCCGGUGGAGCUGGAGCAGGAGCAGGAGCAGUCACUGGAUCUGGUCCAGCCGCAGCAGGCAAGGAAGUUCGCUACGCCCCAUUCCCAGUCGCAUCACCAACGCACUCGAUUCCCACAACCUCCCAGCAGAUCGUUGGCAGCGUCGGUGGCGGGGGCGUCGGUGGUGGUGGAGGUGGCAGCCAAUCCAUCUCGGGCGGUGGUCCAACCCACAGCCAGAGCAACACCACCGGCGCCCUGCAGCGGACACAUUCCAGAUCCAUGUCCUCCAUACCGCCGCCCGAGCCGUUCAUGAUAGCCCAGUCAAAGGCGGUCAAUAGCCGCGUGUCCAUCAACGUGGGCGGGGUGAGGCACGAGGUCCUGUGGCGGACGCUGGAGCGGCUGCCCCACACGCGGCUCGGGCGGCUGAGGGAGUGCACCACCCACGAGGCCAUCGUGGAGCUGUGCGACGACUACUCGCUGGCGGACAACGAGUACUUCUUCGACCGCCAUCCGAAGAGCUUCAGCUCGAUCCUGAACUUCUAUCGCACCGGCAAGCUGCACAUCGUCGACGAGAUGUGCGUGCUGGCGUUUAGUGAUGACCUGGAGUACUGGGGCGUCGACGAACUGUACCUGGAGUCCUGCUGCCAGCACAAGUACCACCAGCGCAAGGAGAACGUCCACGAGGAGAUGCGCAAGGAGGCCGAGUCCCUCAGGCAGCGCGACGAGGAGGAGUUCGGCGAAGGUAAAUGCGCCGAGUACCAGAAGUAUCUCUGGGAGCUGCUGGAGAAGCCCAACACCAGCUUCGCCGCCCGGGUUAUCGCAGUGAUAUCCAUACUAUUCAUAGUCCUGUCUACCAUAGCCCUGACGUUGAACACCCUACCACAACUACAACACAUUGACAACGGUACACCACAGGAUAAUCCGCAAUUGGCAAUGGUUGAGGCCGUGUGUAUCACGUGGUUCACUCUAGAGUACAUACUUAGGUUUAGCGCCUCGCCGGACAAGUGGAAGUUCUUUAAGGGCGGCCUUAACAUAAUCGAUCUAUUGGCAAUACUCCCAUACUUUGUUUCGUUAUUUCUAUUGGAAACGAAUAAGAAUGCAACGGACCAGUUCCAGGAUGUGCGUCGGGUGGUGCAGGUCUUUCGCAUCAUGCGCAUCCUGCGAAUCCUUAAGCUGGCCCGUCACUCAACGGGCCUGCAGUCGUUAGGCUUUACGCUGCGUAACUCAUAUAAGGAACUCGGUCUACUAAUGCUGUUCCUGGCCAUGGGCGUUCUCAUAUUUUCUUCGCUGGCAUAUUUUGCCGAAAAGGAUGAAAAGGAUACAAAAUUCGUUUCAAUACCGGAAACAUUUUGGUGGGCGGGUAUUACAAUGACAACUGUUGGCUACGGGGACAUCUAUCCCACAACUGCACUGGGAAAGGUUAUUGGUACUGUGUGUUGCAUAUGCGGUGUUCUGGUAAUCGCUUUGCCUAUUCCCAUCAUCGUUAACAAUUUUGCUGAAUUUUAUAAGAAUCAGAUGCGACGCGAAAAGGCCCUCAAGCGUCGCGAGGCACUCGAUCGUGCCAAGCGCGAGGGCAGCAUUGUCUCCUUCCAUCAUAUCAAUCUGAAAGAUGCCUUCGCCAAGUCCAUGGAUCUCAUCGAUGUGAUUGUCGACACAGGCAAGCAAACAAAUGUCGUUCAUCCGAAGGGUAAAAGACAAAGCACCCCCAAUAUAGGCAGGCUCGAUGUGCAAAGCGCCCCAGAAAAGCGCGAGAGUCACACACGAUCACUCAAAAAUUGGCACCGUUUAACCCACGCGCUCCGCCGAUCGCCCACAGGCCACAAUCUCUCGCAAACGGACGGCAACAGCACCGAGGGCGAAUCCACCAGCGGACGCAAUCCGGCCACCACCGGAACCGGGUGCUACAAGAACUACGACCACGUAGCCAACCUGCGCAACUCCAACCUGCACAACCGUCGCGGAUCCAGCUCUGAGCAGGAUGCAGUACCACCCUACAGCUUCGACAAUCCCAAUGCCCGCCAGACCUCGAUGAUGGCCAUGGAGAGCUAUCGCCGCGAGCAGCAGGCAUUGCAGCUGCAGCAGCAACAGCAACAGCAGCAGCAGCAACAGAUGUUGCAGAUGCAACAGAUUCAGCAAAAGGCCCCCAACGGAGGUGGAUCCGGAUCGGGAGUGGCCAAUAACCUGGCCAUGGUGGCCGCCUCCAGUGCGGCAACUGCAGUGGCCACCGCCACAAAUACCACUAAUACCAGUAAUACCGCCCAGGGGUCAGAGGGCGCCGAGGGAGGCGGCGGCGACGAUGGGGGCGGGGUCGAUGACGACAACCUGUCCCAGGCCAAGGGACUGCCCAUCCAGAUGAUGAUCACGCCCGGGAUUUUACGGGGACGCAGUAAGGAGGAAGUGGCCGAGCUGCGUCGCCAGGUGGCUCUGGAGAACCUGCAGAACCAGCGGAUGGACAACCUGGAGCAGGAUGUGCCCGUGGAAUUCGAGUGCUGUUUCUGCACAACCAAGGACUUCAAGGAGUUCACCGAUGCGGAGGGCGUGAUCUCGCUGCCCACUUCCGACUUCCACAAACCGAUCUGCCUGGAGAUGCGACUUGCGGCGGCGAGUCGUCAGGCGGGAGCCUUUGGCCUCCUGUCCCCCCUGCCAGCCCCUCUGCCACCGCUCCAGGGUCCGCUCCUGGCCCUGCCCCCGCCGCCCCCGCUGCCGCCCACGUCCUGUGCCGCCGUCCUUCUGCCCGCCAUCUCGCAAUCCUCGUCCACAUCAUCGUCCUAUGGCACCACCACCUCCACCACCAUCGCUUUGCCCCUGGAUGUAUCUCUGAGAUACGGGGCUACCAUCUGCAGUUCGUCCAACUUUAACCACAACUACAACAACAACUUCAACACCACCACAGUGGGUGGAGUGGGUGCGAAUGGAUCGCUGCUGUUCGGCGGCAACUACAAUGGGAGCAAUAACAACAAUGCCGAUCUGGCCAGCGUGGAUAGCUCGGAUACCUAUGCCAGUUGUCAGACCCACCCGUUCCUCUCCCAGGGAGAUCUCACCGCGGACUUCAAUGACGAGGCCUGUGCCCUGGACAUCGAUAUGGAUAAUCUGUACAUAAAUCCCCUGGAACGGGAGCAGCAUCAGGGGAUCAGCAGCUCCACGGGCUUCAUUGUGGGCCUGCCAAGCACCACAUCUUCGGGUGGACUACGUGCCCAGGUGAAGAAGAGCGCCUCCGGCGAUACGGCCCUAAGGAACUUGGCCUCCGGAGGCGGAGGAGCCGGCGGUAUGAGUCCCCUGGACGAUGUCUACCAGAGCUUCGAUGUCCAGGAGCGGGGCAGCCGGGUGAGCUUGAACGAGAACUCAGUGCCAAAGCAUCGGAAGACGCGGUUCCAGCAGAGCUUCACCGCCAUGCGACCAAGUGGCGUCACCGGCGUCCUGGGCGGCAUCCGCCCACGCGCCCGCUUCGAGGACACCAGGCUGGACGACGAGACGGGGGGCCGCCCGGAGGGGGGACUGGCGGGCGCAUCGGGCAGCCCGGCGGCCAGCGGAUCCAGCGGAUUCGGCGGUCAGGGACCCAAGAAGAAACGCUCGGGCUUCAUGCCGGGCAAGAGCUUAGCCACUGCCACCAAACUGAUCAACCAGCAUUUGUUUGGCAUACAGAAUGUGGGCGCCAAAGCCAAGUUCGAGAGCAAGCAUUCCUCAUCGAUAGACUCGAUUGACGCCUCGCCCAAUCUGGAGCAUCACCGGCGCUCCAAGUCGAUCCUGAAAAACAAGUCUGAUAUCUCGCGCGUCCUGUCCGAUCCGGAGAGCGAGCGUCUCCUGGCGGACAACAUGUCCGGCUCCGGCGUCUCCGACAACGGCACCGUAAUGGGCGAAUCCGGCAGCGAUUACUCACCGAAUAAAUUACCUCAUUCAGUUUUAGCUAAGUCUAUAUCCCCACCACCCCUCAGGCACCGCACCCUAAUGCACCAGCGCUCAGGACCAGCGACCUUGCAAUCGAAGCCCACGAAAUUCCAGACCCCUCGGUAUCCCGAGGAGCAGGCUCUGCGCCAGGUGAAGCCGCUCCUCUCGCGAGCACCUCCAACCACAUCCGCAUCCGCGUCCGCAGGAUCCGCGGAUGGUCAGCAGACCAGGGACAGCAGUCUGGACUCGGAGACGACCUUCACAUCGCCCGUGAGCAGUCGAGCUGGCGAGGAUCCCCCGACUGCCGCCGCCAGCCAGGUUCCAGCGGCUCCUGGCCAGGAGGAUCGCGAGGAGGAGGGCGAGGCGGAGGCCAACGACGAGCAGAGGGCCCUUCUCCAAGGACGCGACGCCGAGGAGGCUAAGAGGCCGGGGAACGAGGGCACGUAGCAAUUAGGGACCCACACACAAAACGACACCCCAAAAAUGUAAAAAAUGACAGCCUACUCCAAAGGGAAAUCCUCACACAACACACACACACACCCCACACACCCCACACACCCCCACACACAUACACACUCACAACACUCAAAAAUACAAAGGGAAAACUCAAAGUGAUAGCAAAGUUAGCAAACAUGGAAUGUGAAUUAUAUAAAAGCAAUGAACAGUAUCCUAGUCUAGAGAUGGUGGGACGGUCCCUGGCAGAUCCCCGGAAUUCGAUCUGAGUAUUUUUACAAAUAGAACAGAGGAAAAAUUAAAAAUGAAAAAGAAAGAGCUACCCGAACUGCAAUGAAAUGUUUGCAGAGCCGCGCAAGUCGUACAAAAAGCCUAACAAAAAUAUUAUUACUAUAAUAUACCCUAAAAGUAAUGCUACCGUGUAAAUAGCAGAGCCCAAUCCACUCGUGUACAGAGCAACCUUUAUUUACCGCCUUCAGGACACAGCUAACAGAAAAAAUAUAUAGACGAAAUCACCAGAAAAGCCUAAAUAGCAACAAAUGAAACGGAAAUAUUCAUAUUUUGAAUGCAACUUAUAAAUAUAUACAAUAUAGAAUAUACACGCAUCGCAAUUGCAGCUCGCAUAUUUACACAUUAUAUAUACAAACUAAACGAUAAAUAAGUAUAUAGCUCGAACUAUUUUUCAAACCGCGCGCUAAACCCCGCAGAUCGGAGGCUUGAGGAGGCUAUAGACGAGGAGGGGGAUACGACAGCCCCACCCCAUAAUUAGAUCCGCAUGGCCAUAUGCAUAUAUCUGUAUGUAAAUCGUUCGAAUCGUUCAAAUUCAUAAUGUCAAAAAGUAGUUGAAAAUCGUUGGGCAACCAGUUCGUUUCUAGAUCUAUAAGUACAUGUGCGUGUGUGUAGGGCUUAGGGCUUAUCGAUAGAGCUUGGCUUGGCAUAGUCCCCCGAUAAAAUCUGAUUUGCAGAACAAGUAGUAGAGAUUGAGGUUGGUUGGGUAAUUGCAAUAUUGCUUGGAUGUAGAUGUUGUUAUUUAUUAUGCGGCUGGGACAAGGUCUUUCGAGGGUCGCCAUCGAAGUCUGUAGAGAUUCCGAAUCCCCUGAAAUGGUAUUGUACCCACCCAUAUGCUGUUAGUUAGUUAUGGAGCGUGUAUGUGUUACGUAUGUUAGUUAGUUCAGUUAGUUAGAUCUACCCUAGGCAGUUGACUCGAUGUUUAGUUCCCUAGUUCCGUUUUCCGAAUACGUAAGCAAUAAAAUUGGAAAUCUUCACCCGAGGGGGCGUUUUCCCCGUUCGAAGAGCGUGUUUAGUCAAUUAUUGCAACCCAAGUUGUUUGUCCACAUUCCAUUCUGUGUAUGCGUGCGAGAGUGUUUUGGUUUUUGGUGUUCUAGUAUAUCCUCCAUGGGUUAUCCCGAUCGAUCUGUCCAACUGGCUUGGGUUUGUCCUGUUUAGUUGCCUCUGCUCGGCCAGCGAUGAGCCAGGAUGCGAGUUAGCCUCUUAGAAACAUAUCAGUAAAGGGAAUACGAACUCACUCACUCACCCACACAGCCACACACCCAACACCUCUCACAGAUACACACCCACACACCCUCAAAAACCACAGACAUCACACUGUAAGAAAACUACACAAAUUUUAUUAAGAGACGAUAAUAAAAUGUCUCAUCGUCCGCUUUUCGAAUUGAUAAGAAAACACAAGCAUUGACACAAAAACAGAACUAAACCAAAAAAAAAAAAAAAAAAAAGCAAACACUAUUCGAUAACUAAUGUUAAAGCCAAGAACUCGAAGUAAUAUAGUUAAACAUUUUUAGAAAUAUGUGUACGUAUUAACAAAUGCUUGAGGCAUCAAAAAA